UGGGGCGCGUGCGCUGCUGGCGGGGGAGGCGGAGGGAAGAUGGCGGGCGGCCGCGGGUCGUGAGGCGGCGGCGGCGGCGGCGGAGUUUGCCGGAGCCAGCAGGACGAGGCGGGCAGCGAGGUGUCGGUGGGCCUCGGAGUCCCGGUACGAGAGGCUGGCUGGGCGCCCCCCCGCAGGACGCAGCCAUGGCCACGGAGAUCGGCUCCCCGCCGCGCUUCUUCCACAUGCCGCGCUUCCAGCACCAGGCGCCGCGGCAGCUCUUCUACAAGCGGCCCGACUUCGCCCAGCAGCAGGCCAUGCAGCAGCUCACCUUCGACGGCAAGCGCAUGAGGAAAGCUGUCAACAGAAAGACCAUCGACUACAAUCCUUCUGUCAUCAAAUAUUUGGAGAACAGAGUGUGGCAGCGCGACCAACGAGAUAUGCGAGCGAUCCAGCCCGAUGCGGGGUAUUACAAUGAUUUGGUGCCUCCUAUAGGAAUGCUGAACAACCCUAUGAAUGCUGUGACAACAAAAUUUGUUCGGACAUCUACUAAUAAAGUAAAAUGCCCAGUGUUUGUUGUCAGGUGGACUCCUGAGGGGAGACGCUUGGUCACUGGUGCAUCUAGUGGGGAAUUCACUUUAUGGAAUGGACUGACUUUCAAUUUUGAAACAAUAUUGCAGGCUCACGACAGCCCUGUAAGGGCUAUGACUUGGUCACACAAUGAUAUGUGGAUGCUGACAGCAGACCACGGGGGAUAUGUGAAAUACUGGCAGUCCAACAUGAACAACGUCAAGAUGUUCCAGGCACAUAAGGAGGCGAUUAGAGAGGCCAGUUUCUCACCCACGGAUAAUAAAUUUGCUACAUGCUCUGACGACGGCACUGUUAGAAUCUGGGACUUUCUACGUUGCCAUGAGGAGAGAAUUCUUCGAGUGUUGUCAUUUUACACCUCUAAAACUGAAGCAUCUAAAGUGCCUCCUCAGCUCUAAGGUUAGCUCUGGUUCACUUCAGCUGGGAGUAUGACCAAGGUACAUGUGUGUGCUUCUGCAGAAAGUAGCUGAGUAAGUCAGGCAUGCAAGCAGGUACUCAAGACUGAUUUACAAACUUCAGUGCCAGAACUUUCCAAGGACUGAUCCUUAUCUCACAGUGAAAAUACAAAUUGUCACUUAAUUUUGCUACUCACAGAUAAGGCUUUUUGUUGGAAACAAAACCCUUCUUGGGGAAGACAUUUUGAUUUUUGCUGUUGAAAGUAUGAUGUGUCUUGCAAGUAAAGUAACUGUCAUGAAAUUUUUAUAUAUUUAUUUGUAAAGGGAAGGUUUUUAUGUGGGGUAUUUUUUUCAAUUCAAAAUUAUUAGGGCUAUUAAGUGCCUUAGCUUCAAAGAAACACAACUGUAAGUAUGACAAGUCUAGCUCUAAAGGAGAAAUCUAAAACUUCUUGAAAUAUAUUUAUCUUAUAAAGAAUUUCACAGAUGAGGUUUGACAAUUCUUCUACCCCAGACAGUUUAGAUUACUACUUGUAAUUACUAACUCAGUGGAAACAUCUGAUAUUUCUAGUUCUGCAAAACAUUCUUUUGAUACAUUACACAAGCCAUCCAGUUCAAUGCCUCAGCUAGUUACUAAUUUUAUUUUUAUUAUAUUAUUUAUAUCACCAUCUUUUUAAUAUAUACAAUAUCUUAUUAAUAUUUGUCAUGCUGUGUAUGCAUUGAUUUUGCCCCACUGGAUUUAUGGAGUGAGAGCUGUCCUACAGCCACACAGAGAAGUAGUUGUAUCAUUGCAGUUUAAUUUGCUGGUGUAGACAAGAACUACAUGUAUUUUACUUACAUUGUCAUUGAGGACAAAAUCUUCAUCUGGUUUUGACCAUUUAUAGAAAUUUUAUCUGAAACUUUCUGCUCACCUAAAUUACUUUUGAAGGGAACUUACCAUAUCUAAAUGUGAGCCUGACCUGAAAAGCUGAACAUUAACUAUAACUGGACUGGAACAGGUGCUUCUUCCAAGUCACCAAGAUCUUAGAGGGUAAACUUCAAAUUUUUAUUCAAAGAAGCUGGGGAAUGUGUUACCUUAGCUGCUUAAUAUUGGGAAGAAAAAUACCUUUUAGUAAAAAACAAACCCAACUUUGGGUGUGUGCUGGCAGAUGUGUAUUUUCUACCUUAUGUACAAUAAGUCUUUUUCUCUGCCUGUUUAUUUAGAAUGAUGGAGAGCAUGAAAGUACUGUAGAUAUUGUAUUAAAAUCUUAUAUUUUAAACUUCAUAACUUGAAAAAAAUUCUCUAAAGACAGUCAUAAUAACUGUAUAAAUUGGUAGCUGUAAUACUGCUGCAAUAACUGUAACUAUUGUAGUUCUCAAAGGGUAGAAUGAAUAGAUGAAAAAAUAGAGCUCAGAAUCCUAUUAUUAGCAGCAUCAUGUUAUAUGCUGGGGAAAUCAAGUUAAAUAAUUAUACAAUACUUUUACACUUGAACUUCUCUUCAUAGCUGACUUCCUUCUCUCCAGGAUAGCCUUAUUCAGCUUCAUUUUUUUAUUCUGUGUUAAGAUUUAAGGAAGGAGUCGCUCUGAUACACAUUUACAAUCCUCAGAAUUUGGAUAGAAAGACCUUAACACAAAGCCUAGUGCUCCUUGAGAUCUAUUUUUCUUCAGAGGUUGAGAUUCCUAGUGGCUUUAUAAAUAAUCAUUACCCUCAAAGACUAAAAAAAGUCUGAGUGUCGUUUUUGGAUUCAGUGAAAAGCUGAUACUCCACCUCACCCUCCAACCUCCUGUGGGAGGCACUUGUCCCAAGCUGUUUGGCAGAGUAAAGCAUUCUCCUUUAAAAAGGAAAUUGUCACCAUUUUUUAAUAUUUGGAGGUAUGUAGCACAAAUUGAUGGAGAGAUGUAAUUUCCCACUUAAGUACAAGUUUAGUGGAAAGCCCCAGAAGUUCAAAUGAGUUCGAACUCAUUGAUGUCCCAGACAUGUUACCAUUAUAAAAAUAAAUAUUACAGUAAAGUUAAAAGUUCUAAAAAAGAAAACAGUUUGUCUCCUUUUCUUAUUCAGUGGAAAACACAUUUAAAAGGCCAUUUUCACUGCAGAGAUGAUCUCAUGUUCAGGAUCUUUUUUUUUCACCUGUUCACUUGCUAGAGCAGUAGAAGAGUGUGAGAGCUUUGCUACAUUCUAGGGCUUGUGCAGUCUCUGUCCUUGGAGAUUUUCAGGCUGAACCUGGAUAAACCCCUGAGUAACCUGCUCUGACAUCAUAGCUUUGAGCAGCUGACCAAGAGACUUUUGGGAUUUCUCCCAGCCUGACUUACCCAGUGCUCCUGGGGUACUGAUUCAGUAAUCAUAAUGAGUUCCUCUGUUUUGCUAAAGCCAGCAAAAAUCCUACUGAUGUAGGGUUCAGCUGUCCAUGUGUGACAUAAGGAACUGAUCUUGAAAAUAAUAAAAAAUUCUAUUUUUUUAGUCUGUUUUUCUGGCAGCUUUUAACAUGCUUGAGGAAAUACACAUUAUAUGGAUUGGAAAGGAUUCAUGUUUAGUGAGUGUUUUUUUUAGAGAUGAUAAAUGUUUGAUCAUUCCCUGGUAACUAAUAGUCUGUUAGAAUAAUCACCACUGAAGUUUUAGAACUUCCUGUGUCCUACAAGCAUUAAAACUUCGUUGUAAAUAAGAAGGAAGGUGUGAUUGUGUUCUGUCAGCAUCUUUAAAGCUUCUGCUGAUGUAGUGAGGUCAGCAAAUACCUAUAUAUAUAUAUAUGUAUGCACUAAAUAUAUGUAAUUGUUAUAUUUGCAUAUAUAAUUUUUAUAUAAACAUAGAAUGGUCCUAGUGGCACAUUUUAUAGCCUUAAUACUCAUUUGCUGCUUUCUUUUAUGUGUCACAAUUAUGCACUCUUGAAAAGCACUUUGCAGGUUGUGUUGUAAAGCUGUAAAAUCCAUGCACAACUAAAUUGAAAGUGUUUGCUUUAAAAGAAAAAAUAAUAAGAAAAAAGUGAUUUAGGUGGAUGCUUUACCCCUUGGACUAGGGCAGCCUAGAUUUGUCUGUGUGCAUUGGUGUUCCUGAAGCUGCUUUUCUCUGGAUCACAUUCCCAGCUUCACCAGAGACUCCCUAAGCAGACCUGCUGUGUUUACAAAAAUAAGCCUUUACAUCCAGGUGAAAUGGAUGUUAGAUAAUAUUUUUUCUUCUUUCAAGUAAGAGCUGGUCUACAGAGUACAUAUUUCACUGUUCAUUCCCAUACCUCUUCCAGGUCUUGACUGUAAUGUCAAUUAUUUCUGAGUUUAAGCAUUUUAACAGAAGACUACACAUUACUAAAUACUAUUUUGAGACUGCAGUUAAAUUAAAAAUAUAAAUUAAAUUAAAAUUAAAAAAAUAAAUUUUGUUUUGUCUUAAAACAUGAGAAGUACAGGCCAGAUUUGUCUUGCUGUUUUUACUACAGGUGAGUUUAGAAAGGAGUAACUACACAUUUGAAGACUUCCAGACAAAAUUUUCCCAUUUGAAUUGUAAUUAAUAGAGACCAAGGUACAGUUGCACAUGGGAAAUACAAUCUGGACAGCUAUAAAUUCUAUUUCUGUAUAGCUUAGGCACUUCCAAUUGUUGACAAGAUAUCUCUGUUUUCUAAGGAUUUAUUGAGUCUGUAGCUUGAUAGAGUGCUGGGUGUUUCUGCUUGCUGUUUGUGCCUCGUCAAGAAGAAUCUGCCUUUUCUUUGUGUGCCUUCUGUUCUUCUUACCCAUGCAUAAUUCAUAGGCAGAAAUAGUGGUUUUAAUUAGACCAGCUGAUACGGUGAGAGUAAAGAGUAGGGUUUUGUUCUUUGGGUUUGGUUUUUUCUUUUUUUUUAAAGGCUAUAUCAGCCCUUCUUAAGGAUGCAGAAACUUGCUUAUUUUAGGUCAGCUGAUGUAGUUGGAUAAUAAGAUGCAUUUUCCCUGCAGGUCUUGCUUUAUGCCCUUCAAUUUUCAAGCAACAACUCUUUGUUGCUUCCCUAGCAGGGACUCACCUACUUAAAAUGACUCUAAAAGGUUUUUUCUGUUUAGCAAUACAAAAGCAUUAUUCUCUUGGCUGCUUUGCUAAAUUUAGCCCUUAAGAAUAUUGAUAAUAUUGAUGAAUAUGGAUUACUCUCAAUUGCCAUUCUCCUUUUGGAAGUCUCUGUUCUCCAUAGACUUAAGAGUGGGCACAUGGUGCUACAAUUACAAAUUAAAAAAGCUAAAUUCAACGAGACAGUUUAUUACAUUUAACUAUUCUGCAGUUAUUCUUUGGGCAAAGGUAGGUUCUUUGUUUCACAUACUCCUAGUUUGUCAGGAAUAUCCCUUGCUCCUAAAGGAAUGGAGGAAGAAAAGCUCAUUCCAGUCACCUACACAAGCUUUUUGAGGUGUCAUUUCUGUAGUACAUACUGCAUUUGCCAGCACUUUGAAACAGGGCUUUUCUAAAAAUGCCAUCAGGAAUUUUUGUGCUUGUAUUGAUUUAGAAUUCCUGUGGUCACAGAACACUGGAGCUUUAAAUAGCAGGUGCACUGCUGCCAUGUUUGGAGGGAUGCAGCCACCCCUUCCUGGCUGGAAAACACAUCCUGCUUGCUCACAGGCUUUGCACACGCUGCCUGAUGCUCUCCCCUGCCAUUUUCUUUUCCCUGCAUCACAGAAUUCUUCAAGGAUUAUCCAGUCUUUGUCCUUAAGAGCACUUAGUGUGGGUGUUUCAGUCUGCAAUUUCACUACAAGGAUGUCUGUUCCCAGUAAGCUUGGCUAGAAAUACUGGCAGUUAAUCUGCAGUGGUUGAAGCUGCAUUAUUUCCUGCACAGCUCUGUCAUCUCAGGUAUCAUCACUUCCACAGGUGUAGCAAAUCACAGCAAUUCACUGAAAUUAAAGAAGCUUCUGAGUCAUGGGGGUUUAUUCCACUAAAGUGAUUUUCUAGGUAUUCCACGAGUUGUUUUUAACCCAUUACACAAUAUUUAUUUAACAAACUAAUGACUUGUUCCAACAGAGUGUUGGUAUUUGAAUAAGGUAUUUUUCAACUUUUUUGUAAGAUGGAAUAAUUUACUUGGUAAGUAAGUUUACUUACUUCAACUUAUUUUGCAAGUAAUGAAUAGGCAUGAGGCAAUUUUUCUGAGAAAUACUUAGCAGCAUCAAUUAUGAUAAGUAACUAAUAAGUAUAGUUCGUUAUUGGUAUAUGAAAGGGAACAGUGUGAGGAAUUAAGAUUAGAAUUUAAUUUAACAUAAAGUGCCAUAUUAAAAACCUUAGACAUUAAUCUUGCAUUGAGACAUGAAGAGUAUCAGAAUGUUUUUCCUGAUGUCCUUGCAGUCCUUGCACAGGAGGAACUUGAGCUUAGCAUUGAGAGGUAAUUAAUUUUUCAGUUUGUUACUUGGAUUGCAGUUACUCUGGACUGGACAUCUGCAGGGCUGGGAAUGGUCACCCAGCUGCUUCAGGUGAUGUGUUCUGCUCACCAGAUGUUUGGUCCUAAUUCUAGUUCCAAUCAGCCUGAACAAAUGACCUGCUAGUGAAAAAUGAUGAAUUGCACUAAUAAUUCUGAAAAAUCUAUCCCCCUUAAGAAAAAAAGUUAAUUCACAGAGGAGCAGAAAAGCCUUCCUAAAACCACUUGAUAGAUGAUGAGGCUCUGUAACUUUUAUAUAACAAAAACUUCUGGGGAUGUUUACUCAUCUGUACAUGGUGCAGGAGUAUUGGCUGCUGCUCUGCCAUGGAGUGUGUGUCAUGCAGAGGGCAGAGCUCAGUGCCCAGCAGGUUCUGUGUGAGUGCAGUGAUGCAGGGGCACAGCCCUGAUGCUGUGUUGAGGUCAGGGCUCAGCUGCUGCUGCAGUGCCCCCAGCCCAGGCUGCAGCAGAUGGAGCUCCUGUUUGUAGGGCCGGGUGUUCCCAGCCUGCUGCCCCUCUCCCCAGUGCAGUGCUUCCUGCAGCUGCUCACCUGCCUGGCUCUCUGACUCUUGUAGAACUGCAUCUUGUAGCAGCAGUGCGAGUGUGUGUUCCAAAAACAAACUAGAUGGAGGUGUAUUCUGUGUACUGAAACAAUAAGUUUAUUUUGUAUUUUAUUUGCUCUGAAAAUAAACUGUUGACAUGGGAUUAUACCUGUUAAAGCUUCUUUUUUUUGUUGUUAAUUUUUUAAGGUUAAAAAUGCACUUUACUCCCCAAUACACAGUUGCCGUGUUAACAGAAAUAUUAAAAAAUCAAAAUGUAAAUUUGGCGGCACUUGCAUCAUUUGGCCAACAAAUAUAUUUGGUGGUUUUUUCAGUUUCCUCAGUGGCUUAUUUCAGUAGCAAUGACAUGCUCUUACCUGGUCUUUCUUAAACAGAAAUUAUACUGUCUUCUCUCAUGACAGUCAUCUUUCUGUGGUCUAUGCUUGUGGGACUAUGGACAGAAAUUUAUCUGUGCAAGUGAAGAGGUGACUUUUUUUCUGCCUCCCCCACAGCACUGAUUCAAUUUUAUUUUACAGAAGAUUUCCAAAGUCCCGACUUCUAGAGGAUAAAUCCUGCAGUUUCACAUUCCUCAGCUUAGCCACAGACAUCACACACUGUAAAAGGUGUUUGAUUUGAGAGCACAGAUCAGUUCCACUGCAGGCAGGAGAGCAGCCUCAUCCUGCCCAUGACCUCCCCUCAUUAUUUUUGUGCCUAACCUACUUCCUUCCAUCUGCCUGUUAUUUUCCAAAUUUUCCAUCUUCCCAAGAGCACUUGCUUUUUAGCUGUCUCCUGUCUCUGGAGCUUCAUAUCUGGACCCAGUUCAUUGUGGUUAUGGGAAUUGGUUUGUACAUUUCUGGGGCUGGAAAGAUAUUUUGUAUUUGCUUCAUUUUGGUGUAAGAUGAAAAUUUUUAACAGCCGCUACAGAAAGCACUGAGAGAAAUCUAAAGAUUCGUUAGGAAAAAGCUUCUUUCUGAACCACAUCAUCCCAGUAAACACUUGUUCUUUUUUGCCUUUAAAUUUAUCACGUAAUUAUGUUCUCUUUUGGUGGUUUGAGCCACAUUUUUUACACAGUUUCAUAUGAUUUGAAGUUCAGCAGUUGUCUUUUGUGAUGCUGGUUUUGUAUAAUACAUGGCCCAAAAUCCAGGCAAAAAAAGCUCCGUAGAUAACUUGUUCAUAUUUUUAUUUGUAUUUCCAGAAUAGUGAUAAUUAAAAUCUCUGCUAUUAAUAUUCCUCCUAUUGUGCUCAUUCCAUAUCAAAGAAGACUGAGUUAAAAUUCUGCAGACAAGAUCAUUGUUUCAGAAAAACUGAAAAGUUUCUUUUUUCUCAGUGUUCCUGAAGCGAUGGUCAAAUGUCUUUUUUUGUUCUGUGUGCACUUACAGUGGAUGGACAUUCUCUGUCUAGGCAAUUCUUUUGUCCUUGUCAUUUGACUUUUUAUGUAUUCUCUAGAAUUUUGGCUCUAUGUAUUGGCUAGAAUUUUUAUACAAUUUUUGAAUUUUUUUUUAAGCUCUACAAUAGCUUUAGUUCAUAAAGUACUUCAGACUAACUUAUUUUCCUCUGAGUGUAAGAUUUUUGACUAACAAAGUUUUUGUUUAACUAUUUGGAAAAUUCUCAUUUUGAAAUAUUAGAAAUGUAUCUGCUGCUAACAUGGAGGGUAUUCACUAACAGCCAGGAGUUGUUGGUGUAGCACUGAAAUAGAAUAUCUUUUUGCUUCUGAGGAGUAAUUUUCCUGUUCUAAUCAACUUUUUUUUUCCUGUGGAAGUUCUGAUUACUUCAUGAGAACACAACACUGCAAUAAAAGUUGCAGUAGGCUUUUAGGAUUCUUUCCUGCCAAAUUCUGCAUCAUUUCUUUAUCUUCUUUUGGGAAUUUGUAACAUGCUGCUGGCUGCAUGUCCCUGUAGACUCAAAUACAAAUUCAGUUAUAAUUACAAUUUUAUAAUUCUGCAUCACAGAGGGGAACAAUAUUCAUGUCUUGGCUGACGUUUUUUCACCUUUGAGGCUGGCAGUGAAAAAAUCUAACUGCUGGUGACUUCCAGGAGCACAGAAGGUUGGAAGAAGUAUUUAGUCUCUCCAUAUCCUGAUGUGGUGGGAUGUGUUUGAUUCCUGAGUCCUCUGUUCUGGUCUUGAAAGAACAGUCUCUAAUAUGUUGUCAUAGGAAACUGUGUCACACUUUUUUUUUUACACUAAGUAGUAGCAGCAGUUUUUUCCCCUGCACUUUAAAAAUUGCAUCUCUCUUGUUCUCAUCUCUGUGUGAUGUUAGUGAAUGAAUCUGAGGACGGGACUUCCCACAAAUUCUUGCCAGUACAUCUGUUUGGAAACCACUUAAACUGGUGAUGGCCCCUUUGCCUUUCUUCUCAUGCCCAUAUGUGUUAUCUUUACAUGUUCUCCAUAUCUUCCCCCCUGGUUUUGGUAUAUCUCAGUUACUCGAGUAUUAUUUGGAUUGUUUUAUCCCAUUUCUUCCUGUUGACAUCUCUCCCUUUCUUUGUUAGGUUUUCUUGCACAAAAUCCUUGGUAAGUUUUGAACAUCAUAAUUUUCCCUGUCUCUCUGUUCAGUCACAUGUGAAGAGCUUUGUUUUAGAUCCAUUCAUGUGCUUGUAGAAUUUAAAAUGACACAUGGGGAUGCACAGAAUUUUAGACAGCUUCAUAAAUACUUCAUAAAUACAGCCACACUGCAAAACUGUUGUUUAAUCAGAGACCUCUUUUUAGAUUUGAAACAGAAAUAAAAGAUAUUUGCAUUUCUUUACUUACUUAGCAACUGCAGUAUUAUUUUUAAAUCUAAAAGAGGGAAAGAUUUUCUUUAAUUUCAGAAUUAUUGGGUGGCAUGAAAGAGAGGACUGGGAGUGUAGUGGUGAUAUAGGAAGGGCAAGAAAAUAAGAGGAAAUAAGAGCACUGAUAGUACAGAAAUUUAAAGUAAGACAGAAAACAUUCCUUGUUUCUGUCUCUUCCCUGACCUCAUCUCUGCUGCUUAAAAUUUCAAAAGAAGGGUUUCUCUCUCUUAGGUGUCUGCAACAUUAUUCAAAUCAUUGUUUGUGUCCUGCAUUUCAAUUACACUUUUUCACUGAGAUUGUUAUUGUUUUAAAUUUCACUGUGUUUUUUUCUCAUUAGCCCCAAAAUCACAGCUAAAUUAAACAUUUCUGUAUAGUAGUGUGAUAUUACAUGUGAUAAUUACAUGCCAGAUUUUUUUCUGUUUCAGUUCAUGAUAUUCUGUUCAUUAGGUGGAUUUCUGUCCCUGCAAUUUUUCGGAACUUUUGUAUUUCAUUUGCUUGAAAAUUGACCCUUUGUGCCUGAGAUGAGAAUUCUGUCUGCUCAGAAAGAGCAGAGCUUUGUAACUCUGCUUUCUGCAGCAGUUUAUUUCAGUGGACCUGCUGCUUCCCACCUUGCUCAGCCUUGGUGGCACUGCAAAAUGCAGUGAGCAAAUUGAAUGGCCUCUGUCUUCAUAUCCCUCCUUGGAACUUUUACACUUGCUAAUUGGGUUAUUGACUGACACAAAUCUUUUCCUGCAGUCUAUAUAACAAUCUUUCUGUGUGCCCCCUCACCUCACCCCAGGCCUGCUGCUGUUCAUUACUACUGGGAGUAUUGUCAGUCAUGCACUUUUUGCCCUACAACCAAAGAAAAUAGUUUUCCCAGCUUCUCUGUACCUAAACUCAAUAUUUCUUUCCUUGACAUUAUAGUGGGCUCAUAAUUAUGAGAUAUUUUGUUAUGGUAAACUGACUGUCACAAAUAGCUUAUGUGUAUUUUUUGGCUGGCAAGAAGAAAAAUAGCAUUUCUGCAAAAGUGCUGUCCCUUAAAGUGAGCACCUGGCUGGACAAGUGUUCACGUGGGUCUGGCCAGAUGAUCGUGGCUGUCUUUAAAAGUCAUCAACCUGACUGACACUUGAUAGUUCUCUCUCAGAGGGAUGUUAAACAGGUAGGAAGCUGCCCUGUCAUCUUAGCCAUGAAAACACAUUGAAAGCUAUUCUUCCAGUUAAAGAAUAUCAAAUUAACUGAAAGAUCUUGGUAGUCCUCCUGUGUUGGGUGUUUUUAUUAAAAGAUUCUGGAUUCACUUGGCAGUAAGGGAAUAUCAGGGAAGACUUCUUAUAACUUCUUUUGCUCAGAUCCACAAAUACUUGUCUUAGUUUUUUGCAGCUUGCUGAGAGAAUUCUCUGAUCUUGUGGCCACACAGGGGUUUGAAACUUGAACUAAUCUCUAAACUAGGUAUUUGGGCUGUUCUGUUCUCUUGCAACAGCCAUAAUCACCAGCAGAACUCAAAUGAGCAUCCAGCAGGAUGUUAAAGGUAAUAAUUACUGGAAAUUAAUACUAAUGGUUACUCUUAGAUUUUGUGGCAGUCCUUGUUCUCUUCCCAGAACUGGGAGCUUAGUCUGAUUUUACCACUUAGAACCUUGACCAAAAUUUUGGUCAAAGCAGAGAGCCAGAGGCAAGGAGGCACUAAACUGUAAAUGUCUGCCCUGAUUUCCUUCCUUUCCUCUCUGUUAACUGAAUUGCCAGGCUGAAUUUUAGGAUGCACCAAUGUCUCUUUAUUAGCUUCAAGGUAAUUUCAAAGUACAUCUAAAUUGUACGUGGUUUUGACAUCCCUUCUUUGCAUUACUUACUGUAGUUUCAGUAAAACUAUUAAAGUUUAAGUGUCACAAAGUGUCACAACCUUUUUGUGACACUUAAUGGUGUCACACAGAUGUUAACAGGUGAAGGCUUGGCAGGAGAGUGCUGGUGGAAAGGUGGGGAUUUUGACUCCCUGUUGGCAGGAAGUAACCACACCAAGUCACCAUUUUCAGCAAUGAGUGACCAGAACUAGUUUCUUUGUAUGUGUUUAGAAAACCCCACUGAAGCUGCUCUAGGUUCAGUUCAUCUUAAAAUCCCAUCAGUUCCUGGAAGCUUGGCUUCAGGCACCAAUUUUUAACUCCUGCCUCGCUUCCUUCUUGAUUAAUAAAAUAAAAGUGUGUGUUCUGACUGUUCAGUAGAUACUUUGACAUGAACUGUCACUGUGAGGCUUCAACUUAUUUGAUAUUCUAAUCAAAUUCAUUUUUUCUGGUUUGGCUGUUAUUAAGUUGAUGGUGCAGACUAUAGGCAGACUCCAAAACACUUGUUUGGUUCAUUUUUGGAGGACUUGACUGGGAACGUUUUCAUGUGAAAAAAUUUUGGUCUAUUUUUACAAAACAAUACACUGCCCAGCAAUUUGAUUCAGUACCCAGACAUUAGGCCACAAAGCCAUCAAAACUGCAGACUCAUGAUUGACAAAAUAAUGGAAUUUCUCAUCUGUUAAGGUGAUGCUUUUUCUGCCCUUGAAGGAGCAGUGUGUUCCCCUCUUGGGCACGGCUGUACUGAUCCCUGCUCUGCUCUCCCUGUUCUGUGCAUGCUGUGUUGGGUGAGCUCAGUCCAGUGCAGCCUUUGUCAGAUCCAGUGCCAGGUAUCCUCUAAGGAAAGUGCCAGAAAACAACAGUAGAAAACUGUGGGACACUUCCUGAGGGAGUGGGGGUUUGGCUCCUGACAGAUGUUGGUAUUAUAAAGCAUGAGAGAUUUUCUUACAAUUGCUGUUCAUUUUUUAAUGUUUCUUGUACGAUAUUUUUCUUAUCAUUAAAUGUAAAUGCCCUUGUAAAUAAAUAUUUUCUGUCAAUGAAAA